UGUUUCGAUCAGCACUUGUGUCUUUCGCCUGAUCAACACGUUGACAGAUAAUUUAAUCUAAUUUUAAAAAAACAUGAUUUUAUCUUGUUAAUUAGGUUAGAAUGCAUGACGUCACUAUUUGAUUGCACAAUAAAGUUUUUUUUUUCUCUUUUUUUCUUUUCUUUGCACGUUUGCAGCGCGCCGGGCCGCACGUGUGAACAUGUGUAAAGUGAGAAAUGUGCGAGCAAUGCUGAAGCAGAUACUCAACGUGGCCGCCGAAGAGAUCUUCCAAGUGUUUGAGAGGACCGUCGAGGAGUACGAGGAGGAACUUUGUCGCAGCAAAGAGGAGAACGAGCGACGACAACGCAAACUGCUGGACGCUCUUCUCAAGCCUCGUGUUCCACUUCAUACAACAGACGUGCAGGAGACGUCGCUGCGGGGUCAAGAAGAAGAAGAUGACGACGACGUUCCAUCCCAACGGGAGCCCCCCCACAUUAAAGAGGAAGUGGAGGACAUGUGGAGCGGUGGGAAUGGGGAGCAGCUUCGUGGCGUGGAGGAGACCGGUGUCGCUACGUUGCCGUCGACUGAGCGUGAAGAUGAUGAAGGUCAGCUUUCAGAGCGUCGUCACCCUCAAAGUGAGGAAAACAGAAGCGGGGGGACAAGCUCAAGUCAACGUGUGAAAACGGAAGGCGACGGACAACACGGUGACAGAUCGCAAGCAGGCAGCAUUGCUCCACUAUCAAAUAUGGAUGAUGCGAUGGAGUGCGGCUCCAGUGUGAAGCAGGAGGAGCCCCUCCGCAUUAAAGUGGAGGAUAGGAACGGGGAGCAACUCCAAAGGCUGAAGAAAGACGCUGAUGUCCCCACGUUCGCACUCACCGCUGAAGGUCAAAGUGAGGAGAAUUUAGGUCAACACAUGACAACAGAAGCUGACGGAGAAUACUGUGAAGAUCUACACUCACAAGCGGACAAGGACGCCGCGCCGCACUCUUCUGACGCCCAUCACUACACCCAAAAACCUUCAGAGGCGAACAAGAACUCUGAAGGUGAUCGGACAUAUCACGCUGAUGGCAAACAAUUUAACUGCUCUCAUUGUGACAAAAAAUUCGCCAAGCGAGCAGGUUUGAAAAUUCACACGGUGAAACACAAUGGAGAGAAGAGGUCACGUUUGCAAGGUUUGCAGUAAAAGGUUCUCGUCAAAGUCUCGUGUGGAUAGACACAUGAGAACACACACAGGGCUGAAACCUUUUCCCUGCUCAGUGUGUGGUAGAAAAUUUGCAGAAAAGAGUCACAUGACGCGGCACAUGAAAAGACACACUGAUGAGAAACCUUUUUCCUGCUCGGUGUGCGCCAAGCAAUUCCGCCAAAAGUCUCACGUGGGCAAGCACAUGAGAACACACGCUGCUGAAAACCAUUUUGGCUGCUCAAAUUGUACAAACAGCUACACCAGUAUAAAUGACCUCAUAUCGCACUGGGCUACACACAUUGAGGAGAAUCCUUCGACCGCUAGCAGCUCAAGUCAACUUUUGCCAAAAGAAGCUGAUGGAGAAGGCAGCCAAGGCUCACAAACAGGCAAUAUUCCUCCACGAUCACAAACGGACGACCCGAUGGAGUGCGGCUCCAGUGUGAAGCAGGCGGAGCCCCCACGCAUCAAAGAGGAAGAGCAAGACGUGUGGAGCAGUCAGAAUCGGGAGCAGCGUCGAGGUUUGGAGGAGGUCGGUGUCACUACGUUGCCGUUGACCGGCGUCUUCGUGAAGCUUGAAGAAGAUGGAGGUCAGUCCUCACGGCCUCAUCACAGCAAAAGUGACAAGAAGUCGAGUCAACACAUGACAAAAGAAGCCGACGCAAAACAUGGCACCACGUCACACUCUUCUGACGCCGAUCACCACGCCAAAGAUCCUUUGGAGACUGAUAAGAACUCCGAAGGUGACAACAAACAAUUGAACUGCUAUCAGUGUGGCAAAACGUUCGCUGACCGAGCAGGUUUGAAAAUCCACACGGUCAUACACUCUUGCGUUUGCAAGAUUUGCGGCAAAAGAUUCCCCUCGAAGAGUCACGUGGCGAGGCACACAAGAAGACACACGGGGGUCAAACCUUUUCCCUGCCCAGUGUGCGGGAAAACAUUCCAUGAAAAAUGUGACAUGAAAAGACACAUGAAAACACACACGGAUGGGAAACCUUUUACACGUCCGGUUUGUGCUAAAGGUUUAUGUAAAAGAUCCUAUCUCACGAAACACAUGAUGAGACACGCUGGGGAGAAGCCUUCGAGUCCACACAUGACGACACAAGCUGACAAAAGAUGCUCCGUCUGCUCCAAAUGCGGCAAAGCCUUUGCCCGAAAAGAACUUUUAAAGCAACACAUGUCGACACACACUGGAGAGAAACCUUUUGCUUGCUCGGUUUGCCAUAAAAGGUUCUCCUACAAGCGUUGUUUGAGUAAACACAUGGUAAAACACACAGGGGAGACACGCUUUACCUGUUCAGUUUGAGUUCCAAGAAAUCUACUGUGGGUUUGCGAUGGGAAAAAAACAACAACACAAGAUCACAUAUGGCUGAGAGAGCUUUUCCCUGCUAUGAAAAAAAAAAAAUAAUCUGAAGGGAGGUAAAUAGGGCCCCGGUCCCCAUUCCCCCCCCCCGGCCAUAUAUUUAUCAGUUCUAAAGAGUCUUCUUUUCCCCACUGACUGUUUUUGGAUCCUUGCUCCACAAUUGCUUUUCGCGCGUUGCUGUUUUAUAGAACAAUUGUGACGUUUGUUGUCUUUUGAUGACAUACUGUAAGUGAGCACUCUCAUCGAAUACGUAUCUUAUUUAGAUUCACAUAUGAAGUAAGCCUGGCUUUAGAUUUGGGGAAAAAAUUGGAAUAGUAGUGUUCACAUUGACAUGAAAAAAUCAGAUGCACGUCACAAUGGGUAAAAAAAAAUAAAAAUCUGAAGUAGACCUGAAGUGUGAAGCUAGCUGAGGCGGGAGUAUUCGUAAAUUACGGGGGAUAAUUUUCCCGAUAAAUUUGCAAAUAUGUGAAUUUGCAUAUUGGCAAAGCGCAAAUACGUGGGGGUCCAUUCUACAGUGGAACGUCGCUUUUUGUGAUUAAGCCAGUCCACAAAGUCGGACGAAAACCUACUCUGAUAAAAGCCAAAGCAAUAGUUCCCAUCGGAAGCAAUGUAAAUUCAGUGAAUCCGUUCCAGACACCCCAAAAUAUCAACAAAACUGGGGGAUUUGAGCGAAAAUAAUGGUCGAAAACUGAAUCGUAAUGUUUUUUUGUAGAAAGUGUCCAGCUGCAUCAUUUUUUUAAAUGCAAAAAAUACUUUUUAAAAACUUUGUACUUUCUGUUUUUCAUUUCCUUUUUGGAUUGUUUGUAAAUGCCCUCCAUGUAGAUGACCUAAAUGACUCAAAAUUUGCAGAGAUCCACGGACCUGGAUUGAUAUCUGCUAUGGUUUACAGACAACGCGGUUCUUUACAUUAAUGGGAGAUUUAAUAUUUGAAUAAUUAAAGAUCUUAGAUUUCCUAUUUCUUUUAUCCAUUCAUGUUACCCUUCAAAACUCAAAUAAAUGGAAAAUGAUUUUG